ACGUCAUGACAUCACGAGCCCAGUGGUGGAAGGCGGAAGUAGAGGCACAACAACACCAACAGCUGCCAGACUUCUACUUAAAAAGGACCUCAAAGAUAAAAACAUUUGUUUCAUUUGGUGCCAUAAACCUCCAGAGGUCAACACACAUUGUCUUCGUUGACGUUGGGUACAAACAUGUCGCUGUUUGGUAAGCUAUUCGGGACCAAGGGAGGCAAGGCGCCAACACCCCAGGACGCUGUACAGAAACUACGAGAGACGGAAGAGAUGUUGACCAAAAAGCAAGAGUUUUUGGAGAAAAAAAUCGACCAGGAGACGAUGACAGCCAAGAGGCACGGCAUGAAAAACAAACGAGCGGCACUACAGGCCUUGAAGAGAAAAAAGCGGUACCUUACCCAACUGCAGCAAAUCGACGGCACAUUGUCCACUAUAGAGUUCCAGAGGGAGGCGCUAGAGAACGCCAACACCAACACCGAAGUGCUAAAGAACAUGGGCUUUGCUGCCAAGGCCAUGAAGGCCGCACACCAAGACCUGAACAUCGACAAAGUGGACGAAAUGAUGGACGACAUCACAGAACAGCAUGAGAUCGCACAGGAAAUUACAAACGCCAUUUCCAAUCCCAUCGGUUUCGGGGAGGACGUGGACGAGGAUGAGCUCCUGGCAGAGCUGGAGGAGAUGGAACAGGAAGAGCUGGACAGAAAUCUUCUGGAAGUGGAAGGAACGUCAGACGUUCCUCUGCCAAACGUCCCAUCUACAUCGCUGCCAGCCAGACCAGCCAAGAAGAAGGAAGAGGAAGACGAGGAUGACAUGGCCGACCUCCACGCCUGGGCCACCAACUAACAUAGCAGCCCACGCUAGCUGGCGUCUACCCCCUCCCUCCCCCCUCCUGCAAAGGGGUAGCCAGACUCUGAACUGCUGAGCUGGCACGCUGCUCCAACGUCCCUGCGGCCCCACCACAACUCCAACUUGUAGUAUGCACUCGUGCACAUGUUUGAGUGACAAUAAAAGAGCGAGAAGGUCUGUGUUGCUCCAUCGGUUCUCACCCGAGUGCACAAGUGCAUACUUUGAGGAGCAACACCACGUCUCCAACGUGAGAAGAAUGUGAGGAAUCAUCAGGUGUGUGCUGAGGGGUCAUGGGCGGGGGGCUUGGAUCCAAAACCAGAGCAAUGAUGUAACUCUUGAGAAUUUGUGCUUGUCAUGUUUGUCAUAAGAGUCUUUCCUUAUCACCAUGAAGGUGAUUAAAAUAAAGACAUAUAGGUGAUGAUGCAAUGGGGGCAGGGGGAACAGGUCAGUACAAAUCUUGAAAAAAACAUGAACUUUUAUAAUCUCAUUCUUUGUUGUUAUUGUUAAAUAAACCUUUCUUGGCAGACUAAA